UGAAAUCGAGGUGGGACAGUUUGAGGCGCGAGGGAAGCUUCCUGUUUUGAAAUCAAACUCUGCUGCUGUCACUUCAGCGCUCGGGCGGGACAUUGUAUCAACUUCUUGGACUUUUGGUGUUAACGGCGGUGGAGCCAUGCCUUUCCUCCAUGGCUUCCGACGGAUCAUUUAUGAAUAUCAGCCGCUGGUAGACGCCGUCAUGCGUGUGGUUGGCAUAGAGGAAGAAGAAGGCGGCAAUGACAACAGUGCUGAGGAAGAGUCCAGUCGCUGUAGCUCUUUGGUGGAGCUGCUGGAGCAGGAGGCCCAGUCUGAGGUGUUCCUGGAAGGCAUCAGCUACUCCCUGUUUAAAAUGGCAGAGAGGGGACUGGUGACCGCAGCCAAGACCCUCCUACGAUAUGGAGCCGAUAUCAACUUUGAAGACCCCGUGUCAUACUACAACCCACUGCAUAUAGCUGUUUUAAGGAACAGGCCAAAUAUGGUGAGGCUGCUGGUUGGACAUGGAGCAGACAUUGAAAAGAGGGACAGGAUCCAUGAGUGCAGUCCCUUGGACUUUGCGAGUGAAGAGUCAGAGAGGCUGCCUUGCCUGAUCACAUUGCUGGAGCUGGGCGCUGAUGUAAAUGCAAGGGACAAUCAUGGGAAGUCGCCUUUGCUCCAUGCAUUAGCGAGCAGCGAUGGACUGACUGUGCACAACACAGAGAACAUCCGGCUCUUUCUGGAGAGAGGGGCCGACAUCAACGCUGCUACUGUAGAAGGCGAAACGGUGGCGUCGUCGUUGGUGUUCCUGGUGAAAGAGGCUCUGGAGGCUAGCCCGGAGGACGCCUCCGAAAUCGGUCAGUUCUGCCUGAAAACCACACAGCUACUACUGUCCCACGGCAUGGACCCCAGCUGCUGUCUGAACGACGACGGCGAACCCUCCCUGACGCAGACGAGCCUGGAGCACUUCGACUCGCUCUUCCCUCUGGCUGUGCUCCUAAUCCAGAGUGGAGCCUCUUUGGUUUGCUCGCGCCACAGUUCGUCCUGUUGGUCGGGUUACAGCCUCCUUUUCCAGAGGCUUCAAACAGCCCUGCGGCGGUGCACGGAUCAGAGCUACGCAGCUGAACUCCUGGAGCAAGGUGAGAUGCUGCUGGACUUGGCGAGGGUGAACGUACCAACGCUGAAUCUAUCACAGAGGCAGGGGCUCCCUGUAGACAGUCUGGACUCUCACCCGUAUGCUCAGGCUCUAAUAGACCUACAUAAUCGUGUAGUGGAGCGUGAAGGAAGCCCGCCGCCUCUAUGUUGCCUUUCUAGGGCAUUCAUAAGGAGUUACCUACAGCCCUGGCCACUGGUGGACAGAGUGAAAGCAUUGCCUUUACCAGACAGACUGAAAGACUUUCUUCUUCCUGAGCUUACCUACACCCCAAAGGCUGGCUGGGGCUGCUUCAAGCCCCAGCAGAGCCAGGGUUAAUAUAAACUGCUAAUUUCUCUUGAAUUAAAUUGUCCAUGCUAUUCCACAGAAAUGAAGCAAAAUGUGACAAAACCUCAAUGCCUUUGCGUUCUUAAUUAUUUUUGCCUUUUUUUUUCCCUUUUUACUUUGAGAUACAAAUUUAUGUUUGUAGAAUCUUUGAAUGUAUGUAUUUUUAAUUUGGUCUGCAAAGGGGCGUAUUUUCUGUACAGCUAAGUCUAAAUGUGAAGGCCUUAAAGGCUGCAGUACAAAAUGAAAACCGCCAGAUGGCAGUGUUGAAUCACAGCAGCAGACGCUGUGAUCUAUGAUUUUUAUUUUGAUGUUUUUUUUUUAUUUUAUUUUUGUUGUUACCCAUUAAAAUUCAUCCAGCUGGUUCAAAUCCAA